AUGUUCUCCCGCCCCGCCCGAGGGGCUCGGGUCGACCUGCGGCGGGUCUCCACGCUCGACCUCGAGCGGGUCGCCCGCACGGUCGACAUCGAUGCGCUCGAGGAGCAGCUGGACGCCGUCCUGAGCUCCAAGCUAUCGGAGGGCGAGCUGCGCCGGCUCGGCGGCGCCGGCUCGACUCAGCUCUUCCGUCUGAUGCAGAUGCUGGUCGAGUACCUACUUCACGUCCAGCAGACGCUCUACAGCCGCGGGAUGGAGCUCGAGCACGCUGCGCAGGUCACAUCGUCGCAGCUGCUCGAGCAGGAUAGUCUUCGGAUCAAGACUGGCCGCCCUCUCAGAUCAAGCACGUUUCACAGCUCACCCCACAAGCAGGCGCACUACGCGGGCGCGCUGGAGGCGCGGCUCAAGGGCGCGGCGCCACUCUUUUCGUCGGCUGACUACCUCGCGGCGCACUACCGGCGGCGGCACGAGGCUCACUUUGGGCAGGCGAUGGCGCAGCCGGAGCCGGAGGCGGCGGCGGGGGAGGCGCGGCUUGCGGCCCUCGCCGCGAGGCUCGACAGCGAGCUCCGCGCGACGGCGGAGGAGGUCGAGCAGCUCGUCGACUCGCGGCUCGUCGAGCAGCGCGCGCACAUGGCGGCGACGGCGGAGCGCGCCGCCGACGAGCGGGUGGGCGCCGCGACGGCGGAGGUGACGGCGUUGCGCCACGAGCCCGGCACGCUGCUGCCGUCCAAUUGCGGCUUCGAGCACUCCAAGGCCGAGUGGGAGGAGGAGAGGGGAGAGACGUUUGCCCAGCUGGCGCAGGAGCUCGAGGAGUGGGACGCGGCCUCCAAGGUGCGCUUGAACGGCGUCGAGCUCUUCGAUGCCAAGCGGCGCGACGCCGAGCAGCAGUCCGUCUUUUCGAAGCAGGAGUGCGCCGCCGAGCGGCAAAGGGUGGAGCAGCGGCUGGCGGCUCUCGUCACCGCCAAGCUCAAGAGUGGUUUCCCGCUCACGCCCCGCCGCGCCUCCGCGCCGGACUUGCACCGCACGAUGCCGCGCGUGCCGUCCAAGGGCUCGAUCAAGCUCGCGGCAGGCGGCGGGCCGUCGGCCGAGGCGCCUCACUCGCCGCCCGGCUCGCCCGGCGUGGACCGGGUAGAGGCGUUUGUCUUGGACAGCGACGACAGCGAAUUUUAG